CCCCGAUGCGUUGAGAACUAUACAAAAAGCAUAGCUGCGAUGAUUCUUCCCUUGACUCGUGAGAUUUUCUGCAAGAAUAUUCAGACUCUGCUCAUGUCCUACACUACACUGAUCCCCACUUGGAGGAACAAGAACGUGCACGCGCAACAGUGGCCGUUCCACCCAUCAACAGGUUCCCCCAUCCCAUCUCUUUUGCCUCCGACCUCACGCAGCACCAUGGACGGCUGCAAGCAAACCUCCGCAACAUUCUUUACCUGUACAAGCUAGAGCACACGAGCACCCAGCAGUCAGUCGUCAAGCUAAGCUGAGAUCAAUGGCAGAGGCAGGGGCAUGGUUGCCGUGCAUCGCCACGCUGGCGUCCUGCCUCCUCGGCUUCGUGCUCUACUUCUACGCGCCCUACUGGGGAGUCCGGGCCGUGCCGGGCCCUCCCGCGCUGCCGAUCGUCGGCCACCUGCCGCUGCUCGCCCGCCAUGGCCCCGACGUCUUCGCUGCCCUCGCCAAGAAAUACGGCCCCAUCUUCAGGUUCCAUCUUGGGAGGCAGCCACUGGUGAUCGUGGCCGACCCGGAGCUGUGCAAGGAGGUCGGCAUCAGGCAGUUCAAGAGCAUCCCCAACCGGAGCCUGCCGUCGCCGAUCGCCGGCUCCGCGCUCCACCAGAGGGGCCUCUUCUUCACCAGGGACGCGCGGUGGUCGGCCAUGAGGAACACCAUCAUCUCGCUCUACCAGCCGUCGCACCUCGCGGAUCUCAUCCCCACCAUGCACCGCUGCGUCGAGCGCGCCGCCGACACCAUACGAUUCGCCGCGGGGGAGCACGGCGACUUCGACUUCUCGGACCUCGCGCUCAAGCUGGCCACCGACGUCAUCGGGCAGGCGGCGUUCGGCGUCGACUUCGCGCUCUCCGCGCAGCACGACGGGGGCGGCGAGGCGGCGGAGUUCGUGGCGGAGCACGUGCACUCGACCACCUCGCUCAAGAUGGACCUGUCGGCGUCCCUCUCCAUCGUGCUCGGCCUCGUCGCGCCGGCGCUGCAGGCGCCCGCGCGGUGGCUGCUGCGGCGGGUCCCGGGGACGGCGGACCGGAGGAUCGCGGGGACCAACGAGCGGCUGCGCGCGAGGGUGGAGGAGAUCGUGGCGAGCCGGGAGCGCGACGGGGGCAAGAGGCGGGAGCGGAGGGACUUCCUGUCGGCGCUGCUCAACGCCCGGGACGGCGGCGACAGGAUGAGGGAGCUGCUCACGCCGGAGUACGUGGGCGCGCUCACCUACGAGCACCUCCUCGCCGGCUCGGCCACCACGGCCUUCACGCUCGCCUCCGCCGUGUACCUCGUCGCCGGCCACCCGGAGGUCGAGGCCAAGCUGCUCGCCGAGGUCGACCGCUCCGUUCCUGGCGCCGCCCCGACCGCCGACGAACUCCAGCACAACUUCCCCUACCUCGACCAGGUCAUAAAGGAGGCGAUGAGGCUCUACACGGUCUCGCCGCUGAUCGCGAGGGAGACGUCGCGGCGAGUGGAGGUCGGGGGCUACGCGCUGCCGGAGGGCACGUGGGUGUGGCUGGCGCCGGGGGUGAUGGCGAUGGACGCGGCGCAGUUCCCGGACCCCGGGGAGUUCCGGCCGGAGCGGUUCGACGCCGGGUGCGAGGAGGAGCGGCGGCGCCACCCCUACGCGCACGUGCCGUUCGGGCUGGGCCCGAGGGCGUGCGUGGGGCAGCGGUUCGCGCUGCAGGAGGUGAAGCUGGCCAUGGUGCACCUCUACCGCCGCUACGUGUUCCGCCGGUCGCCGCGGAUGGAGUCGCCGCCGGAGCUCCAGUUCGGGAUCGUGCUCAGCUUCAGGCACGGCAUCAAGCUCAGGGCCAUCGAAAGGUGCAGCGCCGCCGGACAAUGACAUGGAUGAUAGUCGAAUGAGAUUCGAAUGACAUGGCACAUUGUUUCGCCCAGAAUCAGUAGCUCCUAGUAGUUCAGGCUCUAGCAAAAACUCGAUCAGAAUUCUCUCAAACAUAUUUGUAGCUCCUGUGUCCUUCCAGUCUUCCACUGGGAAGCCACAAACUCCCUAGAAUUCUCUUUAUUAGACGAAGUUAUUCAGAAUUA